AAUCACACACCCAUUCCCAAACACACAAAAUCAUACCAAACAGUUUCUCUCACACAGUGUGCAUUGACACCUGAUCUGAGGUCACUUUAAAGGACAAGAAGAAAACGUAUGAUUCAAGUCAGAACUGUUGUAGAUGUUUAGAGAGAAGAGGUUUGAGUGGACUAUAUGAGCUCUGUUUUGUGUGUUCUCUGAGACAAAAAGGACAACAUGCGAGCCUUCCUCCUCUUCUUCCUCAGUGAGGUCUUGCUGCUGAGACUGAGCUCCGCAACCACCAUGAAAGCGCAAAGACAAAACAUGAGGGUGCGUAUCAGUGCUGUUGGAGACACCAUUGUAUUCAAAUUCAUCCGGCCUCAUGUGGACUCCACACUGGAGGGAUAUAUCCUGGGAUAUGGCAGCACCAUGUUCUCCAAACAAUUCAUCAAGCUACCCGAGGACGGACAACCCUAUGAGACUGAGAUAGAUGCUGAGCCCAAAUAUCUGAUUGCGGUACAGUCAAAGACUCCUGAGGAACCUAAGAAAAAAUGUGCAGGGAAAGUGGAUCUAGAGAAACCACUGAACAUUGUGAUCGGCUCAGUAACAGAGUCGUCAGUGCUGCUGUCCUGGGGGACGUUACUGACAGGCCCCUUCAUGGACACCGUUCUGGAGGAUUGUUUUGAUGAAGGACAGUUCACAGUCCGCUACAGAGAGAAGGAGCCCAGCAAUACCUGGAACUACCAAACUUGUCCAUCCACCAGCACAGUCAUCGACAACCUCAAACCAGAUGCUGAGUAUGAGUUUGCGGUCCGAGCCGACACCGACACAGACAGUGGAGUCUGGAGUCCACCGGUCAUCCAUAACACAGCUGAUCAAAUAAUAGAGCCUUUCAAGGAACUGAACCAGGCAAAGCCUAAGAAGCCAGUCUUGCCACCAGUGCCAGUCAUAAACAACACUACACAGACCAGAGCAGCCCCUGUUCUCAAACACACUACCCCUCCAAAGCCAAGGACAACUUCAGUUCCAUCAACAGUGCCAGAAAAUCCCACGACAGUUCCUGACAAUCCACCUACCUCAACCGAGGCCCUUCCUUCCUCUCACACAUCUAUCGUUCUGCCUUUGCCAAAGACCACAAGCACAGUUCAACCUCGAAUCCCCACCAGCCAUCCCAGUACAACCCAAGCAGAUCUUCCCACAGAGCAACAUACUAGCAUAACCCCACAACAACCUACAACAUCUCAGCCACAAACUUCCAGAACCCAUCAAACCAGCACAACCCAAUCACCACCCACUACAAACCAGCAAUACACCAUCAAAACGCAGAUCUCAGUCAAAGAUCAACCAAUUACAGCCAAACAACUACUGAAUACUGCCCAACAGCAGUUUAGUGAAACAUCUUCUCCUAAUCUACCUACAGCCAAACCACCAAUUCCACCAACAAGCACUGUCAAGGAACAUCCCCACCCAUCUAAGAAACAAGACACCAUAACUCAAGACAGUCUCCAUACAAGAAAAAUUCAGCCCACUACCAAGCAGCAUCGACUGAACGCAGUCCAGCGUUCACGAGGCACGUCCAAACACCAAACCACUCAUGCUUAUUCUCCAACAACCACUUCUUACUAUCAGUCAACCACAAUCACACAUUCUGAACAGCCAAACACCAAACCACCACCAACUACACAGAAUUGGUCCACAAACAGCUAUUCUCCGACAAGCCCAGCUUUGACUUCACCCACUACUUUAGCAAAUACUGUCUUAGUAACAGACAAACAAGCAGAUGUGUUAGUAUCACAGCUGAAAACCGAUGUUAGCACACAUGCAGUAUUGAGCACUAAUCCAACCACGCCUGAAGAAUUUUCUACAUCCCAUAUUCCCACAACUGAAGAUGCACCUCUUACCGAAAACAUACAAGAACUGACACCACAUCCUAUAUAUCAACCCAUAACAUUUCAGUACCAGCCCAAACCCAGCACCACAACAAAGCUUUCCAGCACCACUAAACAGCAAACUAGCACUGAUACAUACAACCCAAAAACGGACUCCCAGAUUGAAAAUCGACAACCUACCCCUGAAGAACGGUUGCCAGGUACCCCAAAAAACCUACUAACCCUCACACCUCAAACAGCUUUCACCAAAUCCGAUGCCAUUCAAAACUCACCCGUGGCGGAGAAGGUAACAGUGGGGACAAGUCAUCCAAGUCGACCAGCGGCUAGUUCCAAGCCAAAGGAGGAACAGCUACUGUCACAGCCAACACAUACAAAUGAGGUGGCCAAUAGGAACGAGGGCAGAGGUAUCUUCCGCAAACCUCCCUCUGAGUCCCACCCUUUGGCGCGAAAUACUACACAAAGCCAGAGGCCUCGCGGCUUCAGGCAACCCGCUGGGUAUCGUAACUCAACUCACAACGGGAAAAGGGUGGCCGAUGGUGAGCGUCAUCGAGGACUUUUGGCGCCCAAAUUUCCGAAGGGAACCAGAAAGCAAUAUGUGAACACAAAGCUGAACCAGGUCUCAGAGACUAAACAAAAAGAAAAGAUUACUCAUCUGAAGCAGAAGGACCCUGUUCCAGAUCUAAAACCUCUGUCUCCACCCGCUACUGAAAGACCAGCCAAACAACUGCCUUCAUCGACAACAGCACCACAAUCUACUUUUGAGGGGAGUCGUUUUGACACAGGCAACAGCUCAUUCAGUUCUCAUCCCCGCUCUGAAGUGGAUGCCACGGGGAAGAAACGCUUCAUAGCGUCUCACGUGGUCUAUAGAACUGACAAACGGCCAGAGGAGCCCUGCUCUGUCACUAACUCUCUCAGCUUCUUUCCUGAGGAGGAGGUGGGAUACCUAAAUGUCACUGGCCCACCCAAGACCCCUCCAUCUAACCUUACUGUGCUCACAGUGGAAGGAUGCCCCUCCUUUGUCAUCCUUGACUGGGACAAAACAGACAAUGAGACUACAGAAUAUGAGGUGGUUUCCUCCACCAAGGGUCCGCAUGGAGAGGAGGUGUCCAUCCAGACAACAAAUCAAACACAUACAGCUGUGGAGAACCUGAAACCAGAGAGCAGUUAUGAAUUCAAAGUUACACCCAAGAAUGAGCUGGGUUCAGGUCCAGCCAGUGAACCGGUCACCUUCAGUACUGAGUCAGCUGAUCCUCGCGUGAGUGAGAUUCAAACUGGUAAAAAUGCCAUCUGGUCAUCGUUUCCAUUCAAGUCUGACUCAUACUCCGAGUGCAAUGGGCAGAUGUUUAUAAAGCGGACCUGGUACCGCAAGUUUGUGGGUAUCCAGUUGUGCAACUCUCUUAGAUACAAGAUCUACCUGAGCGACACUCUAAAUGGGAAGUUCUACAGCAUAGGAGAUCAAACAGGGUACGGUGAGGAUCACUGCCAAUUUGUUGACUCGUUCCUGGACGGACGAACCGGUGGUCCUAUUCCACCAAAUCAGUUACCACCCAGAAAAGGCUUUUACCGGGCCAUGCGUCAAGAACCUGUCAAGUUUGGGGAGAUCGGAGGAAAUUCAAUGAUCAACUAUGUGGCCUGGUACGAGUGUGGAAUACCCAUUCCUGGGAAGUGGUAGGACCCCGAGGAGCAGAUGGAAGACGUGACAAAUAAGAAAUGUCAGCUAGCAAAAGAGAACAGCCUUUUUAUGCAGAGAAUGUGUACAGAGAAUGAUUUCUUUAGAGUAUGUAUCUGUCGGGCACAUAUAGAAUUAUUUAUAAGCUGAAAUAGUGCAGCAAACGUACAGAGAGCUGAAUGAAUGUUAUGUGUUGAGAUUAAGAAGUUUAACUUUUGAGAAUAUAGGGAAGCAGGCUCCCUCAAGGCUAAAUGAAUGUGUAUAUUAUUUAUCAAAAAGUUAUAUAUGCCACUGAAACAAAAAUUACCACAGCCAACCUAAAGGAAUGUUCCAGGUUUUGUGGACAGCAUUUAUGACAUUGUCAUCACAGAAAAUAAUUUGCAAAAUUUUUUUUCACAGUAAUGUAAAGCAUAUAUACAAUAUAAAUAUAUAUUAAAAUUGCUUUUUGUCUUUUUAGCUUUAAGAUUGUCUAACUCAUCUAUUUAGUGGCGGUAUGAUGAACGGCUUAAUCAUUGCAAAUGUAAAAAGGAUUAGCUCACUCCAAGAUUGUCAUCCAAGAAUUUUUUCAGUUGAAAAGAAAUUAAGGUUUUUGAGGAAAACAUUCCAGGAUUUUUAUCAAUGUAGUGGACUUCAAUGGUGACCAACGGGUUGAAGGUCCAAAUUGCAGUUUCAAUGCAGCUUCAAAGGGAUCCACACAAUCUCAGCCAAAGAAUAAGGGUCUUAUCUAGCAAAACAGUUGGUAAUUGUCUAAAAAAAAAAAAAAAAAAUACAAAUUUAUAUUCUUUUUAACCACAAAUGCUCAUCUUGCACUAGCUUGACCUCAUCCAUUACGUAAUCAUGCAUGCGGAAUUGCUAACCCAGUUUUACAAAGCAAAUGUGCAAAGAAAGUCAAGCCCUUCAGUGUAACAAAAAAAAAACAAAAAAAAACCCAAACACAAUUUGAGUCAACUUAAAAUAGUUUGUUACCCUGCUGCCUUAAAAUUUUAAGUUCAGUCAACUCAAAUAGGUUUAUUCAACUUGGAAAGUUGUACUAAGUGACAACUUAGAUAUUCAAGUUGACUGAACUAAAAAAAAUGGUUUGUUAAACUUAAGAGCUGUAUUUGUUACCCGUCUACCUUAGAUAUUUCAGUUGUUUCAACUUACAAUUUUAGGUUGUCACAUAGUAAAACUUUACAUUUCAAGUUGACUAAACUUUUUUUGAGUUGACUGAACUUAAAAUUUUUAUGCUGAGGGGUAACAAAUUAUUGUAAGUUGACCCAAAUUGUUUUUAACAGUGUUUACUAAAUAGGUAAAACAGAUUUUGGACGAUUUUUAAAGUUGGAAGUGAAAAUGAGCUGGAGUUUUUUGCCCUACUCUACCUUUUUGAACCAAAAUACACAGAUGAAGAGCUAAAGUGUCUUUUCCAACGUGAUUACGCACAUACACAUUGCAGAGCUACUGAAAGACAGGCACUUGUGGUUAAAAAGUAUAUACAUUUUCAUUUUUUCGGAAAAUGACUGAUUGUUUCGCUAGAUAAGACCUUUAUUCCUCAGCUGGGAUUGUGUAGAGCCUUUGAAACUGCAGUUUGUACCAACAACCUGUUGGCCACCAUCGAAGUCUUUCUUCAAAAACCCAGAUUUUUUUUCAACUGAGGAAAAGACGACAUGAAUGUCUUGGAUGACAUGGGGGUGAGUAAAUCAUCAGGUAAUUUUUAUUCUGGAAGUGAACUUCUCCUUUAAGGUGCAUAUUUUUAUGUCAACAGUCCUUUUUUGGACCUUGCAAGUGUUUGCAAAAAUGACCAGGUUUACUGGCUUUAUAUGGUCAUGGCAAGAGUUGAAAAAGUGUACAGCACAUCUGUACAGUUAUUACUCUAGUCUUAUGUGAAUAUUCUAAUUAAAUCAUUUGGCUUUAUGAAAUACUUUGUAUUUUAAUGUUUAUCCGGGUGCAAUGCUUUGCCCCAUUGACUUUCAUUGUAAGUGCUUAAUUUUGAC